CUGCUCUUCCGGUUUCCCCGUCUGGCUUCCGGCUCGGCCGAGCCUCCGCUGCAGCCAUGUCGGGCUUCAGCCCCGAGCUCAUCGACUACCUGGAAGGGAAGAUCUCCUUCGAAGAGUUCGAGCGGCGGAGAGAAGAGAGGAAGACGCGGGAGAAGAAGGGUCUUCAGGAAGAAGGAAGAUUAGCAGCUGAGGAAAACCCAGAGGACUCUGAAGCGCCCUCGUCAUCCGGGAUCAGCUGUGGCAAAGCCCAGGUCCGAGACCUCAGUGAAGGAGAAACGCCAGAUGGGGUGAGUAAGUCCGUUCAGAAGGUCUUUGACUCAAUGCUUGGUGAGACUGAAGAUGACGAGGAGGACGAGGAGGACGAGGAGGAGGAGGAGACCCCUGAGCAGCCCACAGCAGGCGACGUGUUUGUGUUGGAGAUGGUUCUCAAUCGUGAAUCCAAGAAGAUGAUGAAAGAGAAGAGGCCUCGGAGCAAACUUCCCAAGGCGCUGAGGGGCCUGAUGGGGGAAGCCAACAUCCGCUUCGCUCGGGGAAAGCGGGAGGAGGCCAUCCUGAUGUGCAUGGAGAUCAUACGGCAAGCGCCUCUGGCAUAUGAGCCGUUCUCCACUCUUGCCAUGAUAUAUGAGGACCAAGGUGACAUGGAGAAGUCCUUGCAGUUUGAACUGAUUGCCGCUCAUCUCAAUCCCAGUGACACUGAGGAGUGGGUUCGACUGGCGGAAAUGUCCCUGGAGCAAGACAAUAUUAAGCAGGCUAUUUUUUGCUACACGAAAGCUCUGAAAUAUGAACCUACUAAUAUCCGUUUCCUGUGGGAGCGAUCAAGUCUGUGUGAACAGAUGGGGGAUCAUAAAAUGGCCAUGGACGGGUACAGGCGCAUUCUAAACCUUCUGCCUGCAUCUGAUGGCGAGCGCUUCAUGCAGCUGGCCAGAGACAUGGCCAAGAGUUACUAUGAAGCCAAUGAUGGUGCCUCGGCCAUCAACAUAAUGGAAGAAGCUUUCUCCAAACACCAGGCCCUGGUCUCCAUGGAGGAUGUCAACAUGGCAGCUGAGCUGUACAUUUCUAACAAGCAGUAUGACAAAGCUUUGGAGGUCAUUACGGACUUUUCUGGAAUUGUGCUAGAAAAAAAAGCUCUGGACGAAGGCAGCCCCCCGGAGGAGCAUGAAGCCGCCGAGACUGUGACCUGCGCCAUCCCCGAGGGCGUGCCCAUAGACAUCAUGGUGAAGCUGAUGGUCAGCCUGGUGCACCUCAACAUCCUCGAGCCCCUCAGCCCGCUCCUGACCACGCUGGUGGAACAGAACCCCGAGGACAUGGGCGACCUCUACCUGGACGUGGCGGAGGCCUUCCUAGACAUCGGGGAGUACGGCUCUGCGCUGCCGCUGCUCAGCGCGCUGGUGUGCUCCGAGAGAUACAGUCUUGCUGUGGUGUGGCUUCGCCACGCAGAGUGCCUGAAGGCCUUGGGCUACAUGGAGCGUGCCGCCGAGAGCUACAGCAAGGUGGUGGAGCUGGCCCCGCUGCACCUGGACGCCAGGAUCUCCCUUUCCACCCUUCAGCAGCAGCUGGGCCGGCCUGAGAAGGCGCUGGAAGCUCUGGAGCCCAUGUAUGACCCGGACACGCUGGCACAGGAUGCCAGCGCCGCGCAGCAGGAGCUGAAGCUGCUGCUGCACCGCUCCACGCUGCUCUUCUCACAGGGCAAGAUGCACGGCUACGUGGACACGCUGCUCACCAUGCUGGCCAUGCUCCUGAAGGUAGCUAUGAACAGAGCCCAGGUCUGCUUGAUAUCCAGCUCCAAAUCUGGAGAGAGACAUCUCUACCUUAUGAAAGUAUCGAGAGACAAAAUAUCAGACAACAGUGACCAGGAGACAGCAAACUGUGAUGCAAAAGCAAUAUUCGCCGUGCUCACGAGUGUCCUGCCCAAGGAUGACUGGUGGAACCUUCUGCUGAAGGCCAUUUACUCCUUGUGUGAACUGUCGCGCUUUGAGGAGGCCGAGCUGCUGGUGGACUCUUCACUGGAAUAUUACUCGUUCUAUGACGACAGGCAGAAGCGCAAAGAGCUAGAAUACUUUGGUCUGUCUGCUGCAAUUCUGGACAAAAACUUCAGAAAGGCCUACAACUACAUCAGGAUAAUGGUAAUGGAAAAUGUCAAUAAACCCCAGCUCUGGAAUAUUUUCAACCAAGUUACCAUGCACUCCCAAGAUGUGCGCCAUCAUCGCUUCUGCCUCCGCCUCAUGCUGAAGAACCCGGAUAGCCACGCCCUGUGUGUCCUGAACGGGCACAACGCCUUUGUGUCUGGCAGUUUCAAGCACGCGCUUGCGCAGUACACGCAGGCCUUCCGCGCGCGGCGUGAUGAGCCACUCUACAACCUGUGCAUCGGCCUCACCUUCGUGCACAUGGCGUCCCAGAAGUAUGUGCUGAAGAGGCACGCGCUCGUCGUACAGGGCUUCGCCUUCCUGAACCGCUACCUCAGCCUGCGGGGCCGCUGCCAGGAGUCGCUGUACAACCUGGGCCGCGCCCUCCACCAGCUGGGGCUGACGCACCUGGCCAUCCACUACUACCAGGCGGCGCUGGAGCUCCCGCCGCCCGUGGCGCAGGGCAUCGAGGUCGACCAGGUGGACCUGCGGCGGGACAUCGCCUACAACCUGGCGCUUAUUUACCAGGGCAGCGGGAACAUGCUCAUGGCCCAGCACCUGCUGCUCACACACUGCACCGUCUGAGCCCGAGGCAGGGCAGCUUGGGGACCGUCCUGGAGCAGCUGCCCCUCACCUGCGGGGGCCCUGCUGCGCUGCCCUCGCCACCUGGGGCCCUGAAGCCGAAGCCCUGGGCCGGGGCUGCGUGGUGCAGAUGUCACGUGCUGGCUGCUCGCUCCUGGCUUGUGUCACAGCUUCCACGUGAGCGUGCGUGUCCUGUGUCACCUCUAGCAUUGUACGGUGGCACUCGGCCGCCGCUGACCAUGUGCGGGUGGCCAGUUCCCACCUGCCACGUCUGCCUUGAGCGCGCAUGUCCCUGACUCAUGGUCACUUCUGGAGGGGACUCGUGGGGAUGGGCGCUGGGGACAGAGUCAGGACACAGGUGCCGCCCAUCCUGUGGCUGUGCAGCUACAUGGUGGACACCGGAACCACACUCACUCAGUGCAGCUCUUCCACCCUAAUCCGCAGGGUGUCUGUGGGAUGGAAAGCUUUGCCAUCACCCACGGUUGUCGCCCGGCCAGCUCGCUGGCCACCUUUCCAGGGCACAGAGGGAAGCUGCUCGCCGAGAAGUGAGCCUCUGUGAUGGACGCAGCCCUGUCACCGCCUGACCUCGGUUUCCAGGCAGGAGCUGGGGGCUAAGCCCUUCCUGAACCUGCACGGCUUGGCGGCACUGACAGAGGCGGAGUUCAGAACACAGCGCCAGGGCUAGCAGAAAGGGUGCUGUCACCACGGCCGCCUCCGGGGAGCUCCACGUCGCUGAGGCCACGUGAGGGAUGAGGUGGGAGCCUUGGCCUCGCCCCAGCCCCGUGUUCUUCAGUCGUGGGUAGAGGAACGCGCUGGACGUCCUGCUGGCCUCGCAGCAGCUUUUCAGGACCCUGGUACGAGGCUCGGGAGAAGCCACACGGGAGGCCGUCCAGGGCCUCCUGCUGCUGUUCAGCUCGCACCUGUGACGGGUAGAGGAACCUACUCUGUGUGUGCACCAUUUAAAUAAACAUUUCUCGGGCA